AUGGACGGCGACGAUUCAAGUAGCCAAUUAUCGGGGUCCGGGAAGCAGAGGAAGAUCCGCAAAACACCGGUGCAGCUGGAGAGAUUGGAAGAGGUCUUUGCUGUGCACAAGUACCCGUCGGACGACCUGCGCGCGUCGCUGUGCGCGGAGCUGGCGCUCACGGACCGCCAGCUGCAGAUGUGGUUCUCGCACCGCCGCCGCAAGGACCGCAUCCUCGAGAACUCCGUCGCCGCCUCCGCCGCCGCCGCGCCCAAGCCGCCCGCCACCGCAUUCCCGCGCACCGCCGGCCCGCUGGGCCAAGGCCUCGCACGACCUGGCCUCACCACCCCUUUCUCCAUCACCGCCGCCGCCGCCGCCGCCGGCGGUGGUGGAUCCGACGCGGCGGAGUCACUGGCGGCGCCUAGGAUGGGCGGCGAUGUGAAUGCGGAGGAGGGGGCAGAGCAGCCUGGGGGCAGUUCGCGCGUGAGCAGCCUCCUUGCGGGACGCGCGCUCUCCACGGACGCAGCCCCCGGCGCGGCGGCGCGUGCGGGCGUGUUCCGCAUCCCCGCCCUCCCCGCUAAAACUCUUCCCGCCCCCCCUGGCGCGUCUCCCGUCCUCUUUGGCCGCCCCCUCGCCCCCGCGCCUAUACCCGCCACGCCCCUCCUGCCUGUCCCUGCGGAUUCCGCCGAUGCGUGUGGCAGGGGGGGCGAGGGGAGGGCGGGGGAGGGGUACGUGUGGUGGAACGCGGGGGGCGUGCGGAAGCUGUCAGUGGUGGGCGCGGGCAGGGCGCAGAGGGAGGGGGGGGGCGCGGGGGUGUCAGGGCUGAUGGCGCACGAGGAGCUGGAGGAGCAGCACGACGCCAGGGCUGGGCGCGCUGCCACGGGGCUCGCCUGCUCCGGCGCUCGUGGUAGUGGUGCUGCCAGUGCUUCUGCGAGUGGCGUUGCUGCUGCCGCUGCUGCUGCUGGAGGUGCAGUGUUGGGUACCGGCUCGGUUGGUCCUGGUGCAGGCGGUGGUGGUGCUGUGGCGUGCGCACACACCACACCCCGGGUCCCUGGGAGAGGCAGGGAGGGCGCACAGGGCGCAGGGGGCGUAGGAGGGAAGGGCGCACAGGGCGCACAAGGCGCAGGGGGGGCGGAAGGGAGCGCGUGGAAGGCUGUGGAGGAGCAAAGGGCGCUUUCAAUCGGCAUGCCAGGUGGCCUUGCCAACGGCCAAUUAGCAGCUGCCAGUUCAUCGGCAUGGCAGGGUGAGCAGAGUAGCUGGAGAAGGCAGGAUGGGAGCGGGGAGUGGGUGGCAGGCGGGGAGGAGGAAGAGGAGGAUGAGGAGGAGGAGGAGGAGGAGGAGGAGGAGGAGGAGGAGGAGGAGGAGGAGGAGGAGGAGCAGGCGGAGGCGGUGGAGAGGGUGAGGAGGGGCAUGGGAGGCGAGUACCGGUUGGAAGGGCCGCCACUAAGUGCUGUGUUUGACCCCGUGCCCGCUCUGCGCUUCAACCUCGCCCUUGGCCUUGUUGCCAUGGCUCGCUGUGGCGCUCAUCCCUCCCUGCUACUCAUCCCUCCCUGCUACUCCUCCCUCCCUGCUACUCAUCCCUCCCUGCUACUCAUCCCUCCCUGCUACUCAUCCCUCCCUGCUACUCAUCCCUCCCUGCUACUCAUCCCUCCCUGCUACUCCUCUCUUCUGCCUCGUCCUCGUCUUGCAUCUGCCACCUGUGACUCUCGCUCUCUGUAUUGUCCGUCCGUCCUCUCUCUCGUCCCUGCACCCUUUAUCCCCGAGGCAUUGACCAGCACAGAGUCAGCUCUGCCCUCUGCCAUAAUCCUUGUCAUGCCUUCUCCAUUUCAUGCCUUCUCCUGUCCUGUCCCCUGCUCGCCUUCCUCUCACGUCCCCAGCCACCACCCCCUUUGUGUCUCGCCUCCCUCCCCCGCAUCCCCCGUGUGUUGUGUUGCGCUCCCGGCUGCCCCACCGCAGGCGGCCACUGUCGCUGCAACCCGCGCUGCAGUGCGCGCCUCUCCCUUGCACGCACUGGAACCUCCACACACGCUGCCGCCCUCUGCCUCUGCCAGUGGUCCGCUGCUCGCUGCCGAUGGGGCCCUGCGCCCUGCUACCGGCGCACCUGCUGGCCUCACUGCCAACGGGACUUCACACCCGCCAACAACAACAGCUGCUGCUGCUGCUGGUCCGCAGCCUGGUCAGCAUCACCACGCGGCAGCAGGAAGGGCGGGCAGGGAAGGGCUGAUGAAGCAGGAGGAGCAGGAGGAGGAGGCGGUAGAGGAGGAGGGGAGUGGAGAGGAAGGGGCGGAACUGCUGCACCUGCUCACUGCUGCUGCCUCGGGGUCGUCGGGCUUUGCUGCUGGGGGGGGGAAGGGUGUGAUGAAUGGCGUGGGGGAGAAGGGGAGAGGAGGAGCGGGUGGGAGCAUGGUGGGGCGCGGGAGUAGAGGCGCGGAGAAGGGGGGGCAGGCGAAUGGACGCGAAUGCGGGGUGAGGAAGCGGGAAACAGGUGUGGAGAACGGUGGUAUGAGAUUAGUGGGUGGGUUAGUGGGAGGGGAUGAAGGGUUGUGGGAAGGGAAGAAGGGCGGGGGGAUGGGAGUGGGGGGUAGGGAUGUUGAACCGACAGAGGAAGAAGAGGAGGAAGAGGAGGAGGAGGACGAGGAGGAAGAGGAGGAUGAGGGGGAGGAGGAGGAGGAAAGGGAGGAGGCUUGGCAUGAGGAGUCACGGCAAUGCGGGGAGAGAGGAAGUGAGGAGAGGCCUGGGAACAAGAGGCGACGGCAGGCAGGUGGCAUUGAUGGCGGGGUUGGGGUGGUACAAGGGACCAUGGGGGGUGGUGAGGACGAGGAGGAGGGGUCACAACGAGGCGAGGCGGCACAGGAUGGGGCGAAGCAGAGCGGCACAAAGAGGAAGAAGCAAGGGGAGGAGGGGCGGGUGCGCAAGGAGCAGCAGCAGCAGGAGAAGCGAGUGAGGCGCGAGGCGGAGAGGCAGGAGACGGCCCAACGCAAGAUGCAGGAGGCGGCACGGCGGGCAGAGGAGAGGCGGCGGCGGGAGGAGGAGAGGGAAGAGCGGGAGAGGCACAAGGAGCAAGCGAGGGAGGCGAGGGAGCGGCAGCGCGAGGAGGAGAGGGAGGCGCGGGAGCGGGAGAAAGAGCGAGAGAGGAUGGUUCGGGAGAAGAAGCGGGAGGAGGAGCGGCAGGCGCGGGAGCAAAUGAAGGAGAGCAUUCAGGUGAGCUGGCUGCCUCUUGUGCGUCCUGCCCGCUCAGCUGAGCGCCACCCCCCGCGCCGCCUCCUCAUUGUGUCUGUGUCGCCCAUCGAUUCUGUCUUGCACCUUCACUCACUUCCCCUUUCACUUGCUGACGGUGGGGAAGCGGCACAGCAGCGGUGGCAAGCAGCGAGGGCGAGAAGGAGGCAAGUGGCGCAGGCACUGUGCAGGCAAUGUGCAUUCGCCCUUUUUUCACCCUUCCCUCCGCUCCUGUGUGCCUUCCUCCCCACGCAGACACCUCCCACGUCCACCCCGCCCCUCUCUCCCACUCCCCUUCCACCGGACCCUCACUCUCUAUUAUCCCGCCCGCCCUCCUCAACGCAGGUGGCGAGGCGGCAACGGCGUGAGGAGCAAAGGCGGGCGCGGGAGGCGGCGAGGGAGCGCGUGCAGGCAGAGAGGGCCAAGGCGCGGCAGGCAGCGCGCGCAGCCCUGCAGCUGCUGGACGACCGGCAGCUGGAACUGCAGCUUGCUGCUGGCUCGCUCAGGGGCGGAGAGGGCGAGUGUGAGGAGGAGAAAGGGGAAGGGGAGGAUGGUGAGAGGAAGAAGGUGGCAAGGGAAGGGCGUGGUGUGGGGGACAUGGAUAUGGGCGAUCUCACGAUUAUUCUCUCUCAACCAAUCCGCCCCUCCCCAUCCGCCCCCAACCCGUCUCUCUCUGAGCCCUGCAGAGCACUUACUGCCCUUCCCACCGCCCACAGUGCGCCGCCAUCCAGUGCUGCCCGACCCGCCCUGGCGCUCCAAGUCCCAAGCUUCUGCAUCUACUCAAACCUGACCUCCUUCUCGCCCCCUUCCCACAUCACCACCCCCUGCAGGUGUAUUCCUUCCUCACCACCUUCGCCGACACCCUCGCCCUCUGGCCCUUCUCCCUGCACCACCUCGCGCACGCACUCCACCUCCCUGUCAGUACACACCCACCCACCCCGCCCUGCCUCUGUCUGCUCCGCUCUGCACGUUUCUGCAUUUGAGCCCAGACCCAACAAAGGCACAGAUGCGCUCACGGGCGUAGAUGUAGGUGCAGCUGGUGGCAGGGGAGCAGAGGGGGCAGAGGGGGCAGAGGGGGCAGAGGGGGCAGAGGGGGCAGAGGGGGCAGAGGGGGCAGAGGGGGCAGAGGGGGCAGAGGGGGCAGAGGGGGCAGAGGGGGCAGAGGGGGCAGAGGGGGCAGAGGGGGCAGAGGGGGCAGAGGGGGCAGAGGGGGCAGAGGGGGGGGCAGCGGGCAUGGCAGCAGCGGUGGCGGAUGCAUUGGCAGCAGCAGUGGGCGGGUCGGACACCGCCAGGGCGCUCGUGCUGCACUCCGCUGCUGCUGUUGUGGCUGAGGCACGUGAGUGGGGCUUCACACCAAGCCUGUGGCGCCGCCUGCUGGGGCCACUCACGUGGCCCGAGGUGCUGCGCCAGUACGCCCUUGCUGCCGCCUGGGGCCCUCCCCGCCUCUCUCCUGCCCGGCGCCGCCAUCCCCGCCGCCUUCACAGCCGUGGCUCCCAAGGGGAAGCCAUGCACGGGCAGGCCUGUGCUGUGGGCCUUGGUGCGGGCGGUGACUGCAGCGAUGAGAGUGGUGAUGAGGCUGCUGUCCAAGAAGCUCUCGUUGCUGACCUGGCAUCAGGCAGGGCAGCUGACGUGGCGGCAAAGCAGGCGUUGGAGGAGCAGCAGGCAUGGCGGGAGGAGCAGCGGCGGCAGCUGCACGCGCAGUACCUCGCGUACCUCGCUGCUGGCGGUGGCCGCUUCAGCGACGACGACGAAAAUGAUGACAAGCAGGAGGAGCGGCACACAGGGGCAUGGCCAGGAGGAGUGGGGAAGGCAGGGGAAGGGGCAGGAAGUGCUGGAGGGGAUAGCAAGGGCAGUGUUGGCGCUGCCACCGACACGAACCCUCUCCCCCCUGCCACUGCCUCUCCUCCUCCAAAGGCCCCGCCAGCCCACAGCAGCAGCCCUCUCGUGUGUCCAGUGCCGCGCAUGGUGGCACGCCUGGCGCCCGGCACAGUCAAGUUCGCGGCCUUCCACGUGCUGGCGUAUGAGGGCGCUGCUGGGCUGCCCGUGACUCUGUUAGCGCAGCGCAUCCAGCAGUGUGGGCUUAGAGACCUGUCUGGCAGCCGCACUCCCGAGGCUACCAUUACCGGUGCGCUGGCGCGGGACCCGCUGUUCCAGCGCGUGGCGAGCUGCACUUACUGCGUGCGCGGGGCGUACAGGCGGGGCGAGGGGGGGCGAGAGGAGGGGCUGAGGGAGGCUGUUGAGCUGGUGAGACGCGCGGCUGAGGGGAGGCGAGGGGAGGAGGAGGGAGAUGAGGGAGAGGAGGAGGGAGAGGAGGGAGAGGAUGGAAAGGAGGUGGGUGGUGAGGGUGAGAAGGAGGUGGAGGGUGAGGAGAAGGAGGUGGAGGGUGAGGGUUUAGGUGAGGAGGAGAGUGGGGGAGGAAGGGAGGCCGCAGAAGAGGGUGGUGGGGCAGAGGAGGGAAGGCAGCAGAGUGGUGGGCAAGGGCAGGGCGAGCGGAUGGACGGGGAUGGGCAGGGUUGUGAGGGCGGUGGUGCAGGAGGUGGGGGCGGUGCAUGGUGCGAGGGCGGUGAACGCAGAGAGGGUGGUGAACGCAGAGAGGGCGGUGAACGCAGAGAGGGCGGUGAACGCAGAGAGGGUGAAUUGGUUGGGCCGUGCAGAGCACCCGAGCAGAGCGGGCAGGACACCACCGAGGAAGGCAUGACUGUGAAUGACAUGAUGAGUGCGCGACCCGUGCGCGUGACGGGCGUGAUGGUGGAAGGAGGGGUGGGGACGAGCACGAAUUUCAAGGGUGAUGAAGCGGUGAGGGCGACGGUGACAGAUGCAGAGGAUGCAGCCGGCUGUGCUGCUGCAAACGGGCCUGGUCCCGCUGACAGCAUGGUGCGUGGUGAGGCGAUGGGAGGCGAGGGCAGUGUGGAGGUGGGCGGCGAUGUGCGGAUGGCGUGGUGUGAGGGAGUGGGGCUGGGGGAGGAGGAGGUGCAGGCGGUGGAUGGCAUGGAGGCAGGGCGUGGGAGAGGCGAGGGAGGGGACAUGAAUGGUGAUGAGAAACAGCAGCAGGGCAGGGGGGAGGAGGGUGGUGGGGCUGAUGGCAGCGGUGAUGAGAGCGAGUGGGAGUGGGAGUCUGAUGAGGAGGGGGAUGGAGAGGAGGACGCAGAGGAGGGGGGGGAGGGAGAGGGGGUGCAGGGGAGGGCGUGGGUGGCGGCGCUGGGAGGGGUGGAGUACAGCGAGCUCAGUGUGGAGGAGCGCCUUCACCUGCUCGUUGACCUGGUCAACGCAGUCAACGACUCCUCCACCAUCCGCACUGCUAUUGAGGCGAGGUACGAGGUGCAGUCGUCAUACCGGCGGCAGCGCUGGGUGGAGGCAUCGCUGCACCGCAGGAAGGGCGCCUGGCGACCCCCCGCCCUCCUCCCCGCCUCCCUGCCCCUCCGCCGCCCCGCCCACGCUGCUGCGGGUCCUGCUGGUGACACUGCACGUGCUGCUGCUGCUGAUGGUAGCGCUGAUGCAGCUGCUACGGCAGCUGGUGGCGAUGGCGGUGCUGCAGCAGUAGGAGCGGUGACCACGUCGGCCGCACCCACUCAAGGCGCAGCACCCGCUGGGGACCAUGCGGUCAGAGCGGUGCUGCAGGUCCCUCUGCUGCUGCCGCCACCCGUGUCGGACACACUGGAAGUCCCUCCAGAGGCAAUGGGGAGAGAUGAUGGUGGGGAGAGAGGGGAUGUGAGGGAGGAGGGGAAACCAGUGGAGAGAGAGGAGAAAGAGGGGAGUGGAAGGAGUGUGGAGGAGGAGUGGCAAAGAAAGAGUGAAGGAGAAGAAGCAAUGGUGGCGAGGAGCAGCGAGGAUGAGAGAGCGCAAGACAGGGCUUCUGAGGCUCCUGAAGAGGCGGAGGGACGAGCUUCUGAGGUGUUCCAAAAGGCGGAGGAGAGGGGGGCAGAGGAGCAAGCGGUGAAACAAGAAGCGAGGGCGGUGGGGGAAUGUGAGGGGCGGGUGCAUGGGGAAGAGUUAGUGGAAAGGAGGAUGGUUGGCCGUGUCGAGGUGGAGGGACUGGAGGGGUGCAGCAAGGAGGAGCAGAUGGAGCAGGAGAGCAAAGCGGAGCGGAAGGAAGAGCUGGAACAAAGGGAGGAGGGGUUACAGGGAGAUGCGAGGCAUGAUGCGACGGCGGAGGGGGAGGAGAAAGAGGGGUCAGAGGCAGAGAGGCAGUUGUUGGAGGAGGGGGUGGUUCCAAUGUCCGUUCAUUCUCCUGCUCUUGCUGCUCCUGUUGAUACCAUUACUUCUGCUGCUGCUGCCACUGUCACUCCUGUUGCUGCUGGUGGACGGGAUGGCUCUGCUGGUGGACGGGAUGGCUCUGCUGGUGGACAGGAUGGCUCUGCUGGUGCGUGCAGCAGUGGGUUGUAUGGAAGUGUAACUCCUUUCCUCCCAACGCCCACCACCAUUCAGUGUAACUCCUUUCCUCCCAAAUCCCACGCUUCACUGCCUCAUCCACUCGCCCUCUUUCCCUCGCCGCCCCCCGACAUUCACAGUCUAGGCCACUUCACCCAUGUUUCCCUCCCCUCCUCUUCUCCCCAUCUCCCCCCCAUUGUUCCCCCCGUAUGCUUGCAGUCACUGGCGCAUCUCAAGGCGUUGCUGUACCCGCGUGGGGUGAGGGAGUCCGCCCUGCUCUCCAACCUCCGCCACCACCUCUCCUCCCUCACUCCACCGCUCUGCACCGCUGCUAUACCCGCCACCACCACUGCACCGGCUGCCACCAUCACCACACCAGCUGCCACCACCAUUGCACCCCCCACAGCCUCUGCUGGUGCUCUUGAGUCGCCUCCUCCACCCCUCACCUCAUCGGUACCACCAACCUCACCCCCCAGGCCAACCAACGCACUUGCCACUCCAGAAACAUUAGCCACCUUCUCUGAAACACCUUCUGUGCCGCUCGAAGCACCUGUGAGUGACAGAAAGGGAGAGGGUGCCAUAAUGCCAACGCCAGCAGCGAUCAGUGAAGAAGAUGCCUCACAACCUGUGCUCCCUCCUCCCCACGCCCCUGCUGCCGCCACCAUCCAACCCGCCCAGGCGAAUGAAGGAGACGCCAGGCUGGCAUGCACACCCAUCCAUCCAUGCGAGCUCAUGACGGGUGGUGCACUCGCCCCAGCUGGUGAGACACAACACCACCUCACAGUCAUCCCUCCUGCUGCCCCCCUGCCCUCACCCUCUUGCGCUUUCCUCCCCAAGGAAGCUUCCUGGCUGCUUCGAUCCAUUGGGGAUGCAGAGGCCGGGGAGCAGGAGCAGAGGGGGGGAGGGAAGGAGGGAGAGCAGAGCAGGGAAUGCGGCGAGAUGGUGAGGGGCGGCAGGCAGGAGGGGGAGGGGGGGGCAGCAAUUUGUCGUACUGCUGGUGCUGAUGUGGCAGCAGCAGAGCGCACUUCCCUGGAUGCUGACGCCAGGGAUGCAGCAGCAGCGGCAGCAGCAGCAGCAGCAGCAGGUGCUUCUGUGGGCUCAGCAGGACGAAAUGCGUUGGUGGCAUCUGGGGAGUGCAAACGUGUAGCAGAGAAGGGCACAGCGGGUGCAGCGAGUGGAGCAGCAGGAAUAGAGGGGGCAGGCAGGGAGGAGGGCCGUGGGGCGGCCAUUCCCCCCCGUGUGCGGCACCUCCAACACUCCCUGCUGGCUGCCCAGGUGGUGUUAGAGGCAAGGGGCAAGCUGGCAUUGGAGUGGACGGAGGAGAGAAGGCGCGUGUGGCGUGCAGCCGUGCACAUGGCAUGGCAUGCCGCCCACCUGCUGCAGCUGGAGGCUGCCAUUCCCCCCACCUUCAUCCACGGCUCCUUCAGCCCCGCGCCAGAUGUCGCCCUGCGAUUGGUGCGCACGCGCAGGCCAGGUGACUCCGAGGCCCAGGCUGGGCGGUGCAACGAUGAGAGGGGCAGAGAGGGGGGCGCGGGGGAGGAGAGAGGCAGGGAGGGGCGCGAGAGGGAAGGGGGCGAGAGGGAGUUUGGAAGAGAGGAGAUCAGGGAGGAGGGAGUAGUAAGCACUCAGGAGGGUGACGGCUGGACGGGUUGUGGUGAGGAGGCUGGGCGAAUGGUUGGUGUUUCUGGCGAGGGGGGGGAGGCGAGGAAAGGAGAGCAGGAAAGGUGCCCCGUAGAGAAGGCAUUUGCUAAUGCUGACUGGGAGCAGAGCUCUCUAGGGGCGGGGGGUGGGAAAGAGGAUGGCAGAUCCACAGAAAAAGGUCAGCAGAACUUUGGAAUGGAGCGGAGGCAAGGUGCGGAUGGAAGGGGGAGGGAUUGCAGAGGGGGGGAUGGCCUAGUGGCGUGUGUGAGCGAUGGCGAGCAGCCCCUAGAGGCCGCCGCAGGGAAGGUGGCGCUGGUCCUCUCUUCCCUCACCAUGCCGCUGCCGUGCAUGCCCCUCACAUGCGCUGCUGUCGCUCUGCGAUUGGCCUCCCUGGAGGCCGCUGUCCUGGGGGACAGGCGCGGGGAUGGGGGCAUGGGCGCGGAUGGGGGGAGUGGGGGCGGGGGCGAGAGAGGAAGCGAGGCAGGGUGGGAUGGUGAGGUGGGAUGGUGGGUGCCUGAUGAAGCCAGGCGGCUGGAGGGGGUGUGGUGGGAGCACGUGGAGGCGGCGAGGAGAGUGGAGGCAGUUGAAGGGAUGGUUAACUGGGAGGAGUGGGAGGCCAGGGAGGUGGAGGCAGAGGAGGAGGAAGAGGAGGAAGAGGAGCAGAAGCAAGAGGAGGAGGAAGAGGAGGAGGAGGAGGAUUUGCAGGUGAAGCUUCGAGUGCGAACGAAGGGGCUGCGACGACACGUGAAGAAGAGACGGAUGGGUGCGAAGGGCGAGAGUGGCACAGAAGGCCGUGAGGAGGGGCAAGAAAGGAAAGCGAAGAAGAGGGAUGUGAAGAGGGAUGUGAAGAGGGAAAUCAGAGAUGCGGGAAUGAGGCAUGGAGUGAAGGUGGAGGAGGGGGAUGAGGGAGCAGGGCAGCAGCAGGUGGCAUCGACUGGCGUGAGGGGUGGGCGCAUGAGUGAGGGGGCGAGCAGGUGCGUGAGUGAGGGGGCGAGCAGGCGCGUGAGUGAGGGGGCGAGCAGGCGCGUGAGUGAGGGGGCGAGCAGGCGCGUGAGUGAGGGGGCGAGCAGGCGCGUGAGUGAGGGGGCGAGCAGGCGCGUGAGUGAGGGGGCGAGCAUGCGCGUGAGUGAGGGGGCGAGCAUGCGCGUGAGUGAGGGGGCGAGCAGGUGCGUGCAGCGGUCAUUGUCGUCACGCAGCAGGGCUGCUGUGCGGCGGGUGGGCGGGGAGAAGGCGGAGGAGGGGGAGGAGGAGGAGGAGGAGGGGCAGCAGCAGGGGGGGCAGCAGAAGGGCAGGGCGUCAGUUUGUGGAGAGAAGCAGGAGAACAAGGACGAAGGCUUUGCAGCAGCAACAGCACCCUGCCAUCCAUCACGCACCCCUCUGCGCCUCCCCUCUGCCGCCAUCAACCUGCCUGCACCUGCCGCGCCAUCAGCCAUCGCUACACCUGCCCCCAAAGCACCUCGUCUUGCACGCUCCAAGCUGCCUUCCUUCAGAAAGAGAACUGGCGCUGCUGCUGUUGUUGCUGCGGCUGCUGCUGACAGUGGAAGGAACGGAGCUGCAGCUGUUGAUUCUGAUGCUCACUCCGAUUCACGCUCUGACCCUCAUGACCGUGUUGCUGCUGCCCGUGCUGCCAAUGGCACCGGCACGGAUCACAGCGAUGAUGGCAGUGUUGACAGGGAGGACAGGGAGGACAGUGACGGCAGGGAGGACAGUGACGGCAGUGGCAAGGGCCGCAAGAACAGCAGCGAGGAGGAAAGCAGUGGUGAUGCAGGCGGUGGCGCGGCAGACCCACCAUCAGCAGCAGCGCUACCAGCACCCUCUCCCUCCCGCCCCCCACCGCGCAAGCGCCCGCGCUCCCUGCACCCCACACAUGCACAUCCACUGCCUGCCCGAGGCUAUGCAGUUGCCGCUGCUGCGGUGAAGACGGAGGCUCGGGCAGACGGGCACACAGGCUUGGAGGCAGGCUCAGAUGGACGGCUUGGAGGCUCGGGAGGAAGGAAGCACGUGGGUGGGGUGGGUGGUGAUGGGAGUAAGAAGGGUGAGAAGCAGGAGGGGAUGGAAGGGCGAGGUGGUGAGGAGGGGGUAGCUCGGAGAAGGACGACUCGCAGACAGGAGAGGAUUCAAAGCGGCGCCGUGGGUGUUGAGGCACCUCAGUGGGCGACCAAGAGGAGAGAGGGGGGGGCUAAGGCAGGGGGGGAGAAAGGGAGAGGAGGAGGUGGAGAGGGGGGUAGUGGUGGGAUGGGAGGAGAGGAUGAGAAGCAGGAGGAGCGCAGAGUUGAGACGGGGAGGCCGCGGAGGGAGGCGAGUUUGCGGGCCAGAAAGGCACAGGAAGAGAUGUUGCUGACGGAGAAGGGUGGAGGAAUGGAGGGUGUGGAGGAGGAGAGGACAGGGAGAGGCGCAGUGAGAGGAGCGAGACGGAACGCUGCUACUGCAGGAGUGGAGAGGAAGGGGAAGGAGAAGGGUGAGAGGAGCGUGGGGGGGCGGGGCGGUGGGAGAGGCAGAGGCGAGGCAAGCACGGCAGCAGCAGGUGGCGAGGAGGGCGGCAAGCGAGCAACCAGCACGAGAGCGGCACGAGCAGCAACAGGUGGUGGCAGUGGCGGUGGUGGGAGUGGAGGGCGCAGCAGGCGUGCGAUGAGGGGUGUGAGGCAUGGCGUGGGGGCUGGAGAAGCAGGGAACUCCCCUCAAGCACCCGCUUCUCAACCACCAACGCAGUCCUCUCACGACAUCCACUCCCCUCAACCUUCCCACUCCCCUCAAGCAAUUCUUUUGGGCUCGAGUAGUGAUGGCACAGGACAGGGUGAGCGGGAGGCAUGGGGACAUGGCUCAGGGCACGGAGAGGACGAGAGGGGAGGAGGCUCGGAGGUGGCAGAGAGGCAGCAGCAGCAGCAGGGAGCAGCGAGGCCAGCGCAGUCAGGCAGUGAGGACUCGUCAUACUACCUGGGGUCGCCCCUGCGCCUGGACGCCCCGCAGUGGCCUUCGUACCUCGACCCUUCCUCUGCUGACUCCGCUGCUCGCUUCCCCCCUUCUCACUGA